AAGUUAAUUCAUAACUGUAUCAUACUCAUCCCUAUAAAAUUUUAACUAUAUUUAACGCAUGAUUUGCUGUAAUGGGCGCCCGCCGAUCUGAUUCCGAUGCCCGGAAGCGGUGUCCCAGAGCAUGUGAUGUAUGCAAGCGACGCAAAGAGAGAUGUGAUGGCUCACAACCUUGCGCGAGAUGCUGUGAGCGUGGUGUAAGCGCAACGUGCCGCUUCGAUACUGAGCAUGGAGGACCGCGGCGAAGAAAGACUCGCCUGGGCACUUCGUCGGUGGCAAGCGUGGAAUCUACAAUGUCACCAACUGCGAAGCAAGCAAUGGUUAAUGCUGCUGCGUCAGACAGGCGGUCUGUUGCUUCGCCAGAGGAGCAGCAAACAGAGUCGCCCAACAGUAUCAGUGUGGAUCAUUCCCGAUUGAUUAGAGACGGGCGAGGUCGGUUCAUGUUUAUUGGUGAUUCGGCAAACUUGUCCUUCUUGCAUAACAUUCGUUGUGUUAUUAGCGACAGUCAGGGCCCAAGUCCGUUUGUCGAUGAUCCGUUCCGAUCUUGCAUGGUAGAAGCUACGCCAGACGACAAUGCGAAGAGAUUUGAUAUGAAAAAUGAUGGUCAACCGCCAGUAUUAUGUGAGGCAGAGGCCGAGAGGUUUAUUAGGCAGUUUUACGUUGUCACGGAUGGACUGUUGGAUCUCUUUGAUGAGUGUGAGCUACUGACCCAUCUACCUCUUGUAUUGAGAGAGCCUACCUCGGUAUCGUUCUUGACCAGAGCUAUUGUGUACUUGGUUAUUGCUAUCGGCGCACAAUGUACUGAAGCAGAUCAUGGCCCAACUGCAGAUGCUUUCUUCGGAUCCGGACGCUACCUCACCGCGCAAUACCUGAUGGAGGACGCCAGCAUCCAGACAACGCAACUCUAUCUGCUAAUCACAGUGUAUCUCUUAUACGCUUGCCGUCGCAAUGCUGCGUUCAUAUGCCUUGGUCAUGCCACAAGAUCAGCAUACUCUCUUGGUGUACACCGGAAAUCGGUAUCCGACUUAUUCCCAUCACAGGAAAAGACUACUCGCGAGAGGCUCUGGACGAGCAUUCGAGCUGUUGAUUUAUUUACUAGCGCCUCUCUCGGUCGUCCUCCGUCGACUGUGGAAACCAGGCCUGCGAAUGGAACAGAUCGGUGCUCUGUGCCAAAUGACUUGUAUGGCAUUCUCGAGACCAUUCUAAGUGACGUAUACGGCAAUCGCAAGAUUACUACAGACAUGCUGGCUAAGAUCGGCUCUCGACAGCGUGAAUGGUCAGCGAAAUUUGGUCAAAUUGGCGGCGUGUCGAAGUCUUUCAUGAGUGAUGCGGAGGAUCCGGAUCUUGGAAGCAUGCACAUUAAACAAACAUAUUACUGGACGAUAACGCUUCUUACACGGCCAUUUCUAGUGGACAGAGUCUCUGCCCAUGCCCAAAAGAUCAAAUCGUCCCUCAGCGAACAAGUUCAGCCUUGUGCUCUGGUCGACCCUUCCAAGACUCUGGUACAUGCUUGUGUCGAUUCUGCCAUCAAGACAGUAAGCCUUCUAGAGCCGAUUUUGACCAUGUUGGAGGUUCCGCGGCAUCUGCCUCUGUUGAUCAACGCUGCUUUCCACUCUGCCUUGAUUCUUGGCUUUUCUUACUUUGGGGAUCUGUAUCAGGUGUUUCCUCUCGACCGCAGCCUGAAAACAGCACUCGAGAUAUUGUUGAGAUUUCCCAAUGACUCGGUCGCUGUGCGAAAUGCAGCUAUUAUCCGAUACUUGAGGCAUGCCUGUGAGGCUUACUAUGAGAGACGGCAGGCCGCAAGCAUGACGGUAGAGAGCGAGGCCAUCAGUCAUUUAUUUGGCCAAAUCCACGACCUAUCGAGCGCUAGCGGUACGAGUACUGAAAUGGACACUUGCAACUCAGCGUCAGACAAACCUGGUACAUUUUCUACUCUUGGAUACCAAGAUGGCCCGACUGUUGAUGCAGGAGUAUAUGAUGUAGCAGCUACUAGUCAAGGAGAUGGACAGAGUCGGCAAGAUAUUUUGAUGAGAUUGUUUGGGGGCACUGAUUUGGACCUGAAUUUCCCCGAUACACCGCAGCCGACUUGGCUAGACGCAGAGAACGAUUUGACGUCGCUGUAUGCGGUGAUUGAUAUGACGGAUCCAAGUAUAUUGUCAAUGGGGUCCUGAGUUUGUUGUAUAAUUACGCUCUACAGGUAAAGAAUUCGUCUCUAAAUACACUAACCUAAUCCU